AAACAGAUUCUCGUUUCUAAAUUCAAACUUUCAAAGCUCACAAUUCGUCGAAUACAUCUGUCUUUGGCUAUAAUUUUACCAUUCGUUUAUAAAUAUAUCAAUCAAUUAUGCCAAUCGAUGUAAUAUUUCAGUGAUUCCAAUCAUAUCCUUCGACCAUGUCAUCGUUCGAUCUGAAAUUCGUCAAACCGGAAAACACGUCGUUCGUAAAGAAAGUCCUACCACAGACCAAUUUCACCGGUGUGAUUUCCAAACUAUGCAGAAAAUCCAUCGAACGAGACGAUUACGAACUGGAAAUCCUAUGCAAAUCGAGUAUACCAUUCGAACAAGCCAAACAAUUCGUUCACGACUUCGGUGAGAAAAACGAAUGCGUGUACGUGUGUCGAAACACCGGCAGAUCAGACUGUCUGUAUCGAGCAUCUUUCAAAUGCCAACACUCGAAGAAGAGAGUCGACCUGUUGAAUAUUAAAUCUAGAAAAAAACAAUCCAAAGGAACGGCGUGCCCGAGUUGUAUUCACAUUAGCAGCAAGAUAACCAAAGAGAAUAUCGCUUUGACUAAAAUAAAUAUUAAAUUUCGCCAUAAUCACGAGCUUACCUCGGCCGAAGCUUUACGUUACCAUAAACCUCAACCAUCUGUAGUGGAAGCUUUCGAGAAACUGUACAGAGAAGGUAAAAAGAGUCCAGCCGAAGCUCUGAAAGCUUACAAACAAUCCGUGCUGUCAAAUAUCGAAGCUUCGGAAGCGGAAAAGAUCAUGUUGAAUCGUAAAAUAAUGCCAGACUACGACUGGGUGCGACAUUUCUAUAAUACUUUACAAAAACGCAUCCUCUCAUCGGAAAACAGGAUCGUAUCAGCAGUACCUGACAGCACCAGCUCACCUUCUCAUCAGCCAGAAAACGUUGUUGGUUCUUCGAAUGAUGAAAGAUUUCAUCCAGUUUUAGAAAUCAACAUCGAAGAACAACCUUUUGAAAUGGAAGUAGAAGUAGUCGAAAUUGACGAAGAUUCUUUACACGAAGACGUCGUCGAACAAUUAUCUAGAAAUUUCGCUCGGCUAAUCAAACGACUCGAACAAGAUCCCGAAUAUUAUCGCGAUGGCGUCGUAGAGAUGAAUAAAAAUCUCAAAGCUUUACUCGACGAUGAUUCGAGUUCGACUGAUUUGCUGAAUGCUUUGCUCAGUUUCAAUUCAGAUUAUACUCGUAAUUGCGUUCCUCAGAUAAACGUUAAAACAGACAUCGAAGAAGCCAACUCGACGAAAUACUGCAGUAAAGUAAUAAAUCGAAGACGAAAACGAAACCGAACAUCAACGAAUUCAUAGCCCGAAUUCUAUCAAUUGAUGAACUGCAUUUUUUUUCUAUGUACGUGAUUCAUUAUCGAUACUUUCUGACUGCUUUUGUUACCUGAAUUAAAUUAGUGUAUUAUGUUGUCGAA